GUGGCGAUUGUAUUCCUGCUCUGUGAUAUUAUUUUUAUUUUUUCAAAACAGUUUUGUAAAUAAAUGUUGCUAAUUAAAUAAGAUGAUAGAAAUUAAAGCAAAAUUGGUAAGAGCUGAUGCUGCUAUUUAUGCCACUGGAGAACGAGUGGAGUGUUUAAUCGAGUUUAUUAAUAAAGUAUUUAAUAAUGGGACAACUGGGAAUGCUGACAGUACCAACAAUAUCGAAUGUCUGGCUUGGGCUUCAGUACAACUUCAUUGUUAUCGUAAGACCAAUGCCAACGUAGGCUCUUCGGACAAAACAUUAGAAUUGACCGAAAUGAUAGGAAAAACGGCAUUGGAUGCCGUAACACAGGUGCCCGGCGAUGUUAUAAUUGCUACUAAGCCAAAAAUUCUGUUUUGUGAUUUAAAAUUACAACCAAAUGAGUCAAAGAUCUAUUUUUUCAACGAACUGGUUCCGCGUGAUGGUCCUCCGACAUACAGAGGGCAUGACAUAAAAUAUUUUUAUAAAUUAACUAUAGCCACUCAAAGAGUGAAAUCGAAGGUACAAACUCUUACUGUACCAAUUAGAGUUUUGCCCAUUCCACUAAUUGCACGUCCAGAUGAAAUGCCCAUUACUGAGGAGACAAACGAUGAGUUGGCACCAACAAAUCCAUUUUUGGAAAAGAAACAUAUUACGGAGUUGGAGAUAUCAUGGCAUCAUUUGAAGAAUGUUACUGCCCGACGUGCACCAAAAUUUUAUCGCAUUUCAAAUAAACGUGGAUUUGUUGGACGUUUCUGUCUAUUUAAGCCAUCAUACAAGUUGGGUGAGGAUAUAGUGGGUAGCUUAGAUUUUGCUAAUUGCAAGGUGCGUUGCAUUCAAUUUUCGGUAAAACUACAAUCACAAGAAAUACUGAUUAAUUCGACUGGCAAUAAAAAUAUCACCAAUGAUUUAAACGACUCAUCAUCGGUCAAUUCUCUUGAUAUAGCCAGUGUUGCAAGUGGAAUUGCCUCAGAUUUUAUGCAUAAAUCGACUACAUCAUCAAGCACAGUAUCCAAAGAUAAGGAUGGAAACAAUGUAGAACCUGUGGGUAAAGUAACAACACAUGCUGUUAAUCAUGAGGUGUGCUAUGCGGUGUUACAAACACAAGUGGUGGUGCCUAUACCUCUGCACAUAACACCUUCUUUUCGUACUGAAUCCGUGGAUGUAAGAUGGCGUUUACAUUUUGAAUUUGUUACCAGUACCAUGAUGGAUUUUGGAAAGAAAAAUCCGGAAGUCGGUGAACUGCAAGCACCUAGUGAAUUACCGGUUGAGACAAUGGUAUGGAAUUUACCCAUAACAAUAUAUUCGGCAAAUCCCCUGCAGAUUUAUGCACCAUCUCAGGGUCAUACACUUUUAAUAAAAUAAACUUGGUGAGCAUUUUAAAGAAAUUCAUUAUAUGUCUAUGGGCAUAAAUCCAUAAUUGGUAAGUUCAACUACACAUUUAAAAAAAUCCACAACGGUGUGUUCGCAUAUAGAUUGCAGUUUUAUUAGAUGAAUAAUUAUUUUAACAUUUAAAUAAAUAUGUAUGUAUAUCAAUUUUUAAAGAUUCUGAAUCAUAUUUAACGUCCUACUUUACCGAGUUUGGUAUCUGUUUUAGGAUUUGCAGUUAAGUUUUGUACAGCCACUAUAGUUUCAUUUAUAUGCGUCUGUAACUCGCGAAGACUUUGUAUUUGUAAUAAACGCAAAAUACGUACUGGGUAAUCCAACGAAGGAUCAUCUUUAUAAACAAUAUCGUUGCCUUUUUCAAAUGGAAAUGGUGUGCCAACAAUUGGUUCACGAUUUUUUGCAGCAGGUGAUAGACGUUCGCGAACAAUGCGAGCUAUAGCUUCUAGCUGUACCAAAUGAUUAGGAUGGUGAGCUACUUUUAAUUUAGCUGCUAAGGCUCUUACUCCAGCAACAAAAUCCUUAUGGUUAACUGCAAUAAAAAAUAUAAUUAAAAUAAUUUUCGUGUACUUUUUCAUACACUUACAAUCCAUAUUAUCGAAGAAAUUUUCAUUUUUUAUGCACGGAGUAAUAGAUUUAUUGACACUCUGAGCCAUAUGCUCAGAACUCAAAACUUUAUAAGAAUCGGGAGCAUCUAAGAAUUCUAAACGUAUGGCAUAGCUAAGUAGCCACGAAAUAUCCUCGAGUGGUGUCUCAAAUUGUGGCAUUCCCAAAUCACUUUUGUAUUGUGUAUAAGCUUCCUCCCAGGCUUGCAUAUUGUCUACUCUACGGAGAUUUUCGCGAUCUUCAAUUUUGUAUGUGCGAAUUUUUUGAUCUUCUAGCCAUAAAAUAGUACUUGCAAAAACUUUUCGGUCUGCAGGAAAAAUAAUGUUAAUAUUUUUCUAUUUACAGGCUUUAUAUAAUUUACCAUUAUAGUCCAGUUUAUCAGGAGUUGGAUGCUCCAAGGCUUCUAAUUUUAUCUUCAGCAUUUGUUAAAUUCUUUUUUUGCAAAAUAUCUAUUUCCCAAAAAAAUAUUUUCGUCAAACCGGCUGCAGUGUUGUCAACACAAAAUUUAAGAUUGUUAUUAAUUUAAUUGUAAGAGAUUGUAGAUUUUUAAGAUUAAACAGAACAUCUAUUACAAUAAUAAUUUCUGAUUUUAUAAA